AUGCCCAGCUCAUGUAAAGAAAUACGAGCUGCCUUGGCGCAAUGCCUCCAGGAAUCCGAAUGCGUCAUGGUCCAGCGUCACACGGCCGCCGAAUGCCUACGAUCACCUCUGGCCGAGACGCUCCCCACAAAGUGUCAGCAGCUCAAGAAGGGUUUCGGCGACUGCCGCCGCGGCAUGAUCGACAUGCGCCUGAGGUUCCGGGGCAACAUGCCCGUCACCUUUAAGCAGCUUGAGGACACGGAGGAAGAGGGGAAGGGAUACCAGCUUUACGCAGGACGCAGCGCGUUUGCGAGCGGCGUCAAGAGGACCGAUGGCAACGAGAAGGAGCCCGAGGACUGGAGGGAGGCCGAGAACCGCAAGUACAGGGAGGAGCAGAAACAGAAGCUGGAGGGGUUCCAAAAGAAGUGA